UUGUAAAUCGUUUACGAUUACUUUUUAACUUGUUUCCAUAAAUAUCCGUAAGAUUACAUGCCAUGAUACUAAUCAGAAAGAUAAAGAUAUUGUUUAUAAGCACCUACCAUGCUAAGGAUUAGGUAAUAUCGUUUGCCAGUCCAUUUAUGAGGUGAGGAAUGCUGACAAUCAAUUUUAUUAGUGUCUUAUUUUGCACCAAUCUAUUCAUAUGCACGGGAUUAUGCGAAAUGCGUAUAGUGGGUGGCCAACGGGCAAAGGAAGGGCAAAUUCCAUACCAGGUUGGAUUGAGAUCAGCAACUCGGCAUAGCCACUUCUGUGGAGGAUCAAUUAUUUCACCAACUCAUGUAUUGUCGGCUGCACAUUGUGUCGGGGUCUCCUUCUUCGAUCUGUAUAUGCCAGUGCCCGCGCGUGUAAUAUACGUUUUGGCGGGACAAAUACUUUUGAAUGUUAGAGAAACCAGUACGGUAAGAUAUGUCGAACAAAUUGUCUCCCAUGAGCAAUAUGAUCCUGUCGGCAUUUUGAACGAUAUCACCUUAAUUAAGCUUCAAACGGAGUUGCCUCUGAAGCCUGGAAGCGCUAUCGAUUCAAUACCGUUCGCGAAAGAGGUUACAGAUUCGGGAUCUUGCAUCGUUUCCGGAUGGGGAGUUAAAUCUUUUGAAUCAAACAAGCUCACCAAGACCCUGUAUUGGGCAAACGUGGAUAUUUACCCUUUGUCUAAAUGCAAAAUCUAUUAUACGUUCAUUGGUGCUCAAAUCACAAACGGCAUGGUGUGCGCAAUGUCCGGUAAACGUGAAGGGAGUUGUCAAGGAGAUUCUGGAGGACCACUAAAUUGCAAUGGAGUCCUAACGGGAAUUGUCUCAUUCGGUGUGGGUUGUGCGAGCACAGUAUAUCCUGCGGUUUUCACUAAUGUGGCUUACUACAGCGACUGGAUCGAUUCGACAAUUCGAAAAGUCGAUACAACUACCUCGACUUCCAUUGCAAUACCAAUUGCCACCACACCAUCUGUAAUUGUGAACACAACUGCACUAUACCACCCAAACACAGAAAUAGUACUACGGGUAACUCGGCCUCAUUAACAGUCAUAUCUCCAGACAUGGAUAUAUUACUGCUAUCGUUGUUGUGUGUGUUCAGCUACAAAAUUGUCAGCAGUUAAUUUAUCUCGUGAAUACUCAAUUAAGUAGUUUUCUGUAAAUAUGACUGAGCAUAUGAAUU